GGGAAAGACCCUGAUUAUCUAGGUGCGUACUUUCCCAGUACGUGAACUAUCAUUCAGUGCCUGCCGAUACUUUCAUUGUAAUUCACUUUUGCAUAUUCCCCCUGUUUUUCCGAGGUCUGUGUUAAUAGGUGUUUAAGGCUUCUCAACCUCAUCUCAACUUCUAUUCAAUUCUGCCAUUCUAUUGUUUCGAACUCGAAAUUCUCUAAAUGUCCACUUUCCCAACGAUCUACGAGGGGAUACAGAGUGGGACAAGAGAGGAGACGAAAGAGGAGAAUUUGAGAUCUGGAGAAGAAAGAUUAGAAAGAAGACAAUCUCACGAUCGGUUUGAAAUGGCAUCCAGAUCAUCCUCCGAAUCAGAGGUACCCGGAGAACAUUCGGACUCUGCCUUGCCACCUCCAUACGUGAGAUCUCGACUCGCAGGCUACCUCGAAGCUGAACUUCGCUCUUUUCCUGGCGGAGACGAAAUCACCACCGCAAGCGUCCCUCAAUGGGCUUGGCCUCGAUCGGCAUGUCGUCUUUGGAUUUAUCUCAUGGUUCUGGAGAAAUGCGAACGUGGUGCCAUCAUCGCCUACGAAACGGCAUGCAGGUUCAACGGAUUUGGCCCGGCGUUGUACAUCAUGUUCAAGAGCGAGUGGCGUAGCUUGCUUCAUGAAAGUCCGGAGGAUAGUAUGACGAUUUACUAUCAUUUGCUUGCGUUGAGGAAUGAAAAGGGUGCGGUACCGCCGGCGUUUGAGAUUUCACAUUCAUGUUGAGAGGGGAGAAGAGGACAUUCGGGUGCAAGGAGGAGAAUGUGUAGGGGGAUCAACGUGUGUAGCGGAGAACGUGUGGGAGGAUCAACAGAUCGAGCAACGCAAACGGAAGGGAAUGAAUGAGGAGUUCGGAUGUCACAUUGAUUUUAUGCUAUACCUGGCGAGCACUUUCUAAUAACCUAGAUAUACCCAGCAUCAAGAUGUGCAGACAUUUUGAUCAAUACUACCUCUUCGCGUUUCGAUCCUCA